GAUCCUACCCUCACUCUACGAACUUCUACUACCAAUAGGCCACACACCGACUAACAUCGUGAGGUUUUCCUCUUCUUCAAAGAGCGGUGUCUUCGACCCUCUUUCUUACAAUACUAUUGAUCAUUCCAACAAGUAAUCCGCGACAAUGAGCUCAAAUCUUGACUUCUCGCCAGAAGGUCUGUUAGACCUUUCGUUCGAGCAACGUGACCCACGAUACCAAUUUACCAAUAUGACUACGCGUUCGACUUGGCCACUGCCGUUGGAUAUGGCCUCAGGAGGAUCUGACGACCGACGGGAAACUUCGCCAGGACAUAGUGGACACCAACAGUAUCAGACCGGACAUCAUCAUAAUUCUCCCACAUUAUUGGCAGAUUGGCCGAUACAACAGCAACCUCAGCAUUUGUCACCCCAGCAACUUUCCCCUCAGCAAUUGUCGCAAUUUAUCCCGGAUAACUCGUUGAUGGGACCACAGUAUACAUUUGGCAGCCCGUACCAAACCUCACCUCUCGACUAUGGCUUACCUGCAACCACACAAGCAGCUCUCGAAGCCAGUCUCCAGAUGGAAGCUCCAUUCAACGGACUCACACAGACGGUUGAGGCACAGGCGAAUCAAUGGCAGGAUUGGCAUGAAUUCGAGUAUGCGAUGAAUUUUACCUCGAACCAUGGAAUCCCAAGUAUAGGACGACAAAGUCUGGGAAGCAACUCACCGACGGGUACGUACUUGGAGGUGCUCUCGUUACCCAGCUCGAGUAGCGAUCACGGAUGGUCGACAGUCGAUACGUACCAGGAUUUCAACACCUAUCAACAGGCGCAAAACCAAGCAAUUUUCAACCCCGGACAAACACUACAUUUGCGAAGUCACUCGGAUUCAUCGCAAUCCGACGGUCAUCAAUCGAUAGAUACGUUUGGCAGUUUUGAGGAUUUGUCAGGAUACCCAUAUUCGCCGUACUCACCGGGCUCGGAUAGCUAUUUGGAUGUGACGGGCGGACAUAGGAAUUGUUUCCACGGCGAAGCACACCACCACAAUCACGAUAUUAUCAGUCCUGCCGCGGCCGUUCCCCCGCAACCCAUCCAAGCUCCAUCUACGAAAUCCACAGCGGCUUCAACAACCUCCAACCGUACCUCUCCAUCUAGCACCUCGUCGCCUCCCGCGAGAAGAAACUCCGCACCCCGCAAGAGCCCCACGGCCAAAGCCACCAAACCGGUCAUUCGCCGCACUUCCAACGGAAAGAAGGAUGCCCCCCCAACCGAGAAGCGCGUUGGACGAAGACGCGGCCCCUUAUUACCGGAGCAGCGCAAACAAGCUAGCGAAAUAAGGAAAUUGCGAGCCUGUCUCCGCUGUAAAUUCUUGAAGAAGACGUGCGAUAAAGGUGAGCCCUGUGCGGGAUGUCAACCUUCGCAUGCUCGUUUGUGGCAGGUGCCGUGUACGCGUAUCGAUAUCAAGGAUAUUGGUUACUUCAUGAAGGACUGGAAGGCGGAUUAUGAGCGUCACGUGGGCAGAGGAGUGUCUGUUUAUAAUAUCAAGGGAUUCUCGCAAAAGGAGGAGUUGCUUUGGAUUACUCAUGGGUAUGGAUUUGCUCUGCCGAUUAUGGCGAGAGAGGUUUAUGUGAGUGAUGAUAGUUGCUUUAAUGUCGACUGGGUUGAGGGCGAUCACGAAGAACCCAUCGAGUUUGAAACUCGCACGGAAAGAAUGUCUGCUGGUUCCGAAGGUGUCUCGACUGAAGCAUUAUCCGAGUACCUCGAUAAACACAUCGAUGGACCUUUUGAAGAAUUCAUCGAUGAGUACUUUGAGGGCACCCCCUUCAUUACCGAGAUUUUGAAGACUGCUCACCGCUACUACAUGAAAGAGAAGGUUUCUGUCGUCCGCAAAGCAUUGAAACUCGUUCUCGCCUACAACCUCACCUUACACGUUACCAUGGUUGAGCAAAGAGGAGACGAGCACCCAAUGGAAGGAAUCAUCGAUGACGAGGACUCGAAAUUCAACGGAAAGGUCGUCGCCCCCGUCAUGAUCAAUUUCCAAAUCAAAUGUGCUCUUGCCGACAUGUGGCGUGAACUUCAAAAGGAGAUUCUCGAAGAAUUGUCCUCGCUCUACUCCAGCGUUUACAGUGGUGACAGACUCAAGAACUGGCCUACAAUCUUCAUGCUUGCAUCGAUCCUCCUCGCCGUGUGGGAAGAAAUGCAAUUCGAUUGUCAUUACCGGGUUCCCGACCAAGCAGCCGUCAACAAAUUCUGCAACGAUAUGGAAACCACCCCAGUAGGCGUCAUCGUCGGAUUAUUCCAUGCCAUUUCCCAAAAGCUCCCUGCGUUUACCGACUGGGAAACCAGAAGACAUGGUCAACUCCUCAACAACAACGUCGCCGUCUGCGAAGCCAUGACUGAAAUGAGAGGCCACGUAACCAAGCAUGAAUCCUACCUCAAAACCCGCCCGGACGCCAAAUUCGACCGUCGGGACUUCGACUGUCUCUCCAACAAAUUCCUCUCCAAACUCGUCAUUCGCGCAAAUUAAUCCUUCCUCUCCUCCAUCCAUCCCUAUUUGCAAAUAUAUACCUACCAACCAACCGCAAUCUAUAUAAACUCACCCCAUCCCACCCUGUACAAACACCGUUACCCCCCGGUUUCCGGUACCAAGAUAACGAAUUCAAUGCUCUUCAUGACCAUCCAUGACAUGACAUGAUAUGAAAAAAGAAAACGAUUGCAGGAAUAAUUUUUUCCACCUUUUCUCUUUCUCUUUCUCCCUCGGAGAUUGGAAGAAAGAACGAAUCAAUGAAAAGAAUAAUUUGUUAAUUUCCUAUUUUUUUUUAUCUUUAUUUUUUUAUCAACGGCAUAGCGUUUUGGUUUUUUUUUUUCAUUUUUUCAUUUCUUUUCAAUCUUUUAUCAAUCAUCAUCAACAUCAACAUCAACAUCAUUAUCCGAAGCAAACAAUCAAAAGUUUCCUCCUUCCUCCCCAACCAACCAAGCAACUCAACGACCCCCUUUAACGAAACAAACGAAAUAUAUUUAUCUUUAUUGUUCACACGUACGAUCAGAUUUGUCGACUCUCUUCAAAUCUCGCUCAUACCAUUGCAAUCAAAUAAGUCUACCCCCUUACGAAGAUCAUGGAAUUUAAAGAAAAGAACGCUUAACGUUUACAUGUCAAUGUUUUUAUGUUUCCACGGACCCCCUCAUGUUUAUUCUGUUACUAUUCAUUAUCUAUCCACCACAUCAUUGCGUUUUCUUUCCCACCUUCUCAUGGAAUAAAUGGAUGGAGAGGUGUUUAUUUUUAUCUUUUUAUUUUCCUCUCAUCGUCCAUGUUUCUCUCCAGCGUUUAUUUUGAAGAAGGCAGAAGAAAUGAUCGAAGUAACUGCCGAAAUAUGAACUCUAUGAAAAGAUUAUUAUUAUGUAUGGCAUGGCGUGCAUUGAACUUUUUAUCUCGCGAUUUGUUUUUCUCUCUCUCUUUUUGUUUAUGGAAAGGGGAAAUCAAUGGGGCUUGCGAUGGGAUAGGAUGAAUGAGCGAAGAGCAAUAGCGCGAGCGAGGGGUGUUUUUUUUUUAGCUACGAGGGAGAGAGAGAGAGAGAAUAUGGAGAAGGAAGAGGAGGAUGUGUAUACGAAGUUAUUGGUUGCUGGACGCAAGAAAGGCAUAUUUUUAUACAUGGGGGGAAUUUUCGGGGAGGGAAGGGUCGUAGAUAAAAACACCGGAAUUUAAAGCCUUUUCACUUGAUGAAC